AUGAAGACUACCAUGAAGGUCAGAGCUCGUCUAUCCAGGGGGUUCACCGUCAUCUUCCUCUUUCUGACUGUGGCGGCCGUAAUCAUGGUGCUACAGAACAUGGAAGUUCUGGAGUUUCAACAGGAAGUGAACGUCACCAUCCCUGUCCCAAGAGUUUCCACAGACCCUGACAUGCAUCAAGGCUUCUGCACCUUCCAGCCACUGUCUCCAGAGGAUGCUGUGGAGGAAAUCCUCCUUCUAGAAACCAUUGCUUGGCCUGAACCUCCACUUUUGCCAGCUCCUCUUUCCCUGAAUCAGACCAGUGAUCCAGCUCACAGCUCCUUCACCAUUCUCCCAAGGAGGGGAGGAGGACAGUGGCAUGUAGGGGAUCAGCUGGAGGUUCUGAUCAAAAUGUCUGACUUCCAAGGCCUUCCCAAGAAAUAUGGGGGAGACUUCUUACUUACUCGGCUGCACAAUCGGAAGCUUGGUGCAGGUGUGGCUGGGCAGGUGGUGGAUCAUCUCAAUGGCAGCUACUCUGCUUUUUUCUCUUUACUCUGGGAAGGAGACGCACAGGUUGAGGUGAUGCUGGUUCACCCUAGUGAGGCUAUCCCAGUGCUGAACAGGCUGAGCAGUGAACAUCCUGACAGGGUUUUCUUCAAGGGUAUCUUCCGCUCAGGCAGACUCACUGAAACAACCAUCUGUAACAUCUGCCUACGUCCAACACAGCAGCCGUUGUGCAACUUCACUGACCCCCGCACAGGCGAACCUUGGUUCUGUUACAAGCCAAAGAACCUAAGCUGUGAUGCCAGGAUUGCCCAGAAUAGGAUGCCAGCGAAACCAAAUCCCAAGAACAUGCUUUUACAAAGUGGUGUCAACAUGAAAGUCUACAUUCCUGCUUCAGGACCUGCCAGUGUCCCUGUGUUGCCAAAAAAUGAAGGUCAACCAGAGGUGAAGAGCAGCAUUGUGACGUCUGGACCUUCUGGUUAUUACUACCAGGGUGAUUGGCGAGCACUAGAUGGCACCACAGUUCGGCACUACAACGGCCGUGCCAUCAUUCAGUGUCUGAGAGGCAAAGUGGUCCACAUGUAUGGAGACUCCACUAUCAGGCAAUGGUAUAAUUACCUCAACGGAGCAAUACCAGGUCUUCAGGAGUUUGAUAUGCACACUUUUUGGCUCGCUGGACCUUUCAUUGCCUUAGACUACUCAAACAACAUCUUGGUGAAGUUUCGCUGUCAUGGUCCUCCUAUCCGCUAUGGCCCACUCCCCAUCAGGGAUCUUCAUUACAUCCACGAUGAACUCGAUGGCAUAACCGGAGGCCCCAACAAUGUCGUAGUUUUUUGUAUUUGGGCUCACCUCACCACUUUUCCCAUGGAGCUCUACAUCCGGCGGCUGCAGAACAUCCGCAGGGCAGUGGUGAGGCUGCUGGACAGGGCCCCAGGAACCAAAGUCAUCAUCCGGACGGGAAACCCUCAAGAACUUUUUGAGACAUAUAUGGAGAGUGACUGGUGCACACUGCAGCGUGAUAGGGUGCUCAGAGCAAUGUUCAAAAGACUGAAUGUUCAUCUGAUCGAUGCCUGGGAGAUGGUCCAGGCCCACUACUUUCCUCACAACCUCCACCCAGAAUAUCCCAUUAUCAAGAAUAUGAUGGAUCUUCUCUUCUCCUACAUAUGUCCUCAAUAGGGUAUAUGUAUGUCCUUGAAGCUGCCACAGAACCUCAGGUUUGACAAAAAGAUUUCAGCACCUGGGCCUUGUUCCCCGAAGGAAUAAAAGCUGGAUGUCAGAGUUGUUUGGGCUCUCUCUCCACCUGUACUAAACCCAUCAACAUCAACGUAA